AUGGACAGCCCGGAUAAGAAGAAAAAGAGGACCUUUUUUACGCUAAUUUUGAGGUACUUUCUUUCUAACCGAGAAAAGAAAAAGAAAAAUCACUUUCUCCCAAACCAAACAGUUAUUCCAAGACUUCACGUACACACACACAUAUUUAUAUAUAUACAUAUAUAUACACACACAUAUAACCCUUCUCAUUCACAUGAUCAUUUCAUUUCCCAUCUCUCUUGCUUCCUCCAGAUGGAAAGACACCACCAUCUACACGCCAUUCCACCAACAUCCCCAGCUCCCACCACCUUUGUACAAGCAGAUACUAACAGUUUCAGGGAUCUUGUUCAGCGACUCACCGGCUUAGCCACUGACUCCCACAAACUUCCCAGGCUCUCAUCCAAACCUUCUCUCUCCACCGCCGCCGCCGCUGACUCCACCGCUCCCCGACGCUCCACUUUCAAGCUCCAAGAACGGAGGCACUCCAUGCGCAAGCUCGAAAUCAAGCUCGGCUUGAUUUGUAAUGAUUCCCCAACUCGCCAAACUCACAACCCUGACUCACCCACUCCUAGUCCCGUCACCCCACUUGGAUCCGACUCACUCUUCUUCCACAGUCCCAGCAGCAAAUCACCCUCUUCUGAGGAGGAAAAAGCCAUCGCCGACAAGGGUUUUUACUUUCAUCCCUCCCCCUUGAAUACUCCCAGAAGUAGCCAGCCGCCGGAACUCUUGACUCUCUUUCCACUGAGUUCGCCCACAGAGAAAACUCGAGAUUGCUAGUCUUUUCACCCUUCAUGGAUUGGCUGCCACUACAAUAAAAGAGCUAUACAUGACUUGAUUGGGUUUCCGAUCUAUUUUUCUUUUUCCUGAUAUGAUGAUCGAUAGGUGUUUGUGUUGAUUAUAGGAUGGAUAUUUUCUUAGCCAUUGAUCUUGAUUGUAGAUGAUCAUAAAAUGGGUCAAUGCGUAAUUAUUAAUUAAUUUGUUUCCUCUAUCAAAUUGGUUUAAUGAAUUUGGUCUGUGUGUAAAACUGAUGCGGGAUAAUGAUUGGCAUCUAUUA